UUUGGUGUAAUGUUUAUGAUGUGUCAGAUGUAUCGCAUUGAAAAGAAACUGAAUUUAUGCCUCCAAAAUAAGGACUACUACGAAGCGCAUCAAAUUUAUCGUACUUUGUACAAUAGAAUGUCCAGUAAAGGCGAAUGGAGGGAGUUAUUAGAUAUGUUAUACAGUGGUGUAUUACAAUUUUUGGAAGGUAAAGAAUCAUCAAGUGCAAUCGAUCUUGCGGAACUGUUUGCAGAAACUUUAGAAAAAUCAAAAACACCUGUUACCUCAGAUAUCUUGGAUCGUUAUGAAGAACUAUUCAUUUGCUUGCCAGCUUACUUAGGAAAUGAUUUGGAAUCUAACUCGGAGCACGAAGAUCGGAGAAUGAAAUACAUUUUAUUAGGUAUUAAUUGGACAAGAACCGUUAGCGUUAGAAAAUGUGAUCGACAGAAAGGACAUUCUGAACUGCAUUUUCGCAUUGCAAAAUCUUUCUGGAAUGAAGGAGAUUAUUCUAACGCAAGGAAUCAUUUUUUGCAUUCGGAUAAACCCGAAGUCUUUGCACGUUUCCUCACUGAAUAUCAUACAAAGUGUGGAUAUGCUGAAGAAAAAGAUCUAUUCAUCGCACAAGCUGUUUUACAGAUGCUGUGCAUUUAUAAACUAAAAAGUUCUUGGAUAUUGCUAACAACGUAUUGUGAUAUACAUCCUGACAUUAGAAGCAAAUUUCCUUAUCCAUUUCCACUGCUCAAUUUUCUACAUUUCACAAUGUUAUGUCUUGCUAAUACACAGCCCACUUGCUAUAAAGCACUCAUAGAACAAUAUGAAAGUGAAAUCGGUCGUGAUCCGGAAUAUAAGUCAUAUAUUAACAGGAUAGGAGAGAUCUAUCUAGGUUUGCAACAGCCCCAGACAAAUAAAGGUGGCCUGUUAGGAAGCAUGAUAAAAGGUGAAUACUACUUUUCGAAAAUAGUAUAA